AGAUCUGCAGUCAGUCUGCCUAUCUGUGGUCUCAUGGCAUGAGAUGUAAUUCUGCAGCUUGUAAGUUCAUUGAUUGUUUUGUUCCUUUGCUAUUAAUUGCUGCUUAGUACAUGGUCAGGCAAGUUGUUUGAACCAGGAGCCUGAUUCAAACAGUCAUGAUUCCCAUUUGUAUUUCCACAGAAUGGGAUGAGACUACUCACAUGGCUGAGACACCCAGGCUAGGACUAGAAGUCUGUUAAAUUAACAGACAUUGCAAAAAUAUAGUAUUGUUGUUUGUGAAAACCAAAAGCUGGUGUUUAUUGUCAAAUCUUCAAAUAGUUCCUUGGAAACGUUUUUAAUAUGGGAGAAAUUAAUUACUGGGAAGAAAAAUAUAGUAAUUGUUUUACUUUGUCUAUUUCUUUUGCUUUUAAAAAGAAACAUAGUUAUAGGAUUAAGUUUCAUUUUAACCUGUGGUGCUUACCUAAAAAUUGCAGAAAGCUUGAGAGGGAUCAAGAGCAGGCUUUGUUUCUGGCUGGAUUAAGAUGCCAUGCUGCUUAGGCUUUCCAGCUUGUUUGUGUUUAUUGUGUCCUGGCAAAGGCUCUCAAGCCAGUUCUGCAGUCCAAUCUGGAAUUUCCUGCAGCUGGGGCGCGCGGCAAUUUGGAUAUUUCUUUUUGCUGCUUUGGGGUUUUUAAGUUAGUCUCUCUCUGUAAUCAAAAGUAAAAGCAGUCGCCAAGAACAAGUGACAGCUUGUGCCCGUGCAAGUGGCCGGUGUCACCGUGCCAGCCGAGCGGGAGAGUCUGGAGGGAGGCGUGCUCUGGACUACGUCUCCCAGCAGCCCGUGCCGGCCGAAGGAAGUGGUCACGAUGAUUCCUCCUGGACUUUGGGCAGAGGUUUUAAUCCCGAGAAGGGACAGGUUGCUGAGGCUCGUGUCUCACGCGGUUCCCGUGGCUCGCCCCAGAGAAGGGCCGCAGCUCUCCGUCCGGCCGAGCUGGGAUGGCGGCGCGGGUGUCGGUGCUGCCCUCCCCCAGGUGCCUGUUCGAUGACCCUGUGCAGAUCCGUGUGGCCGGUCUGCAGCCGCAGCAGGCGGUCACCCUCCGAGCCAGCCUGGUGGACGAGAGCGGGGAGCUUUUCCAAGCCCACGCUCUCUACAGGGCUGGGAGCAGCGGGGAGCUGGACCUCAGCCGCUCCCCAGCGCUGGGGGGCAGCUAUUUGGGAGUGGAGCCGAUGGGGCUGCUCUGGGCUCUGCAGUCCAAAACGCCCUAUAAGCGGCUGGCAAAGAGGAACGUCCUGACCCCUUUCUGUGUGGACUUGGAAGUGUAUGAGGGCCAUGGGGACAUGAGCCGCUUGCUGGGAAAAUGCACCAAUGAACGGUGGUUUUUAGGAGAGGGGGUGAAGAGGAUUUCGGUCAGAGAAGGUCGUCUCAGAGCAACCCUCUUCCUCCCUCCUGGACCUGGCCCAUUCCCUGGACUUAUUGAUUUGUAUGGAUCUGGAGGAGGUCUUAUUGAAUACAGAGCAAGUCUGCUGGCUAGCAGAGGCUUUGUAACUCUGGCUCUUGCUUACAUGUCCUUUGAAGAUAUCCCUGCUAUGCCAGAGAUUCUUGAACUGAGCUAUUUUGAGGAGGCUGUGAACUUUUUGAGGAAGCAGCAGCAGGUGAAAGAUACUGGGAUUGGUGUUUUGGGCUUGUCUAAAGGAGGUGAUCUAGCUCUUUCAAUGGCCACAUUUCUACCUGGCAUCAAGGCAGCUGUCAGCAUAUCUGGAAGUAGUUUUAAUUCCUUCGUUCCCUUGAAGGGGGAUGGCUUCACUCUUCCUGUCCACCCGUAUGACUUGGGGAGGAUGAAGAUCAGUGAUGAGUCUGGACUAGUAGAUUUUUCAGAUGUCUUAGAUGAUCACACGGACCCAGCAACUUGGGAUUGUCGCAUUCCUGUGGAGAGGUCCUUAGCCAAGUUCCUCUUCCUGUCUGGACUGGAUGACAUGAACUGGAAAAGUGACCUCUAUUGCCAGGAUGCUGUUCAGCGUCUGCAGCAGCACGGCCGGGAAGUGGAGUUUUACUCCUAUUCUGGAGCAGGGCACCUCUUGGAGCCACCGUACUUGCCUCUGUGUAAAGUUUCAAUCCAUAGGGUGCUUGGGAUGUUGGUGCAUUGGGGAGGGCAGUGGAGAGAGCAUGCUAAAGCCCAAGAAGAUGCAUGGCACAGGAUACAGGCCUUUUUCUGGCGACAUUUGAUGGACUCAGAUAUCCCUAAGAGCAAGCUGUAGUGGAAUAGUCAUAGAUGUGCAGGGAUGACAUUUCAGCACUCACUAGAUCUGGGAAACUCACCAGAAGUUUCCUGGACUGCCUUCUUCUAAACCCCACUGUUGCAUAGUUGUUUAUUUUCAUUCCUCAAAUAAUUUUCCAUUUUUUAGUUGAAUUUCAGUUGGCUUCUGGCCCCACCUUCACAGUAGAUUGGCACCAUCUGGUCUGUCUCUAUGCUGUAGUCUAAAAACAACCCAGCAUCCCAUUAUCUAAAUUGCAUUUGUCCUGAGCUAUCUUUGCCCUCAAUCUGCAACCAUCUCCUUUCAUAAUAGGAAAUACUCUCACAGGACGAGUUUUCCAUUGGAUGGUUUAGUCUUGCACCUUUAACUAACCUAGAUAUAAACAGCACUUUUGUUGGGCAACACAUUAGUACACUCAUCUUUCCUUCUGGUAUAUUGUUCUCUCACAUUUUGUAGUAAAAAGGUUGAGUAGUUCUUAGCUAAGGGAAGACACACUCUUCUGGCAUAAUCUGAAGUGCAGUGAUAACAUUUUUUUUCCUGGUACCUCAAAAUCCAGAAGUGAGUCUUACCCAGGUAACCCUGGUUGUAUCUCCUGCUGACUCCAUAUAAAUUCCAUAUUAGUGUAAAGUUUUCACUGCGCUACUCAGUGAGUGCAAUGUAUCUGUGUGUGCACAGUUUGCUUGAGAUUGUAUGAAUGAAGUCUUCAACUAUCUGUGCACCUGCAGAUAAAGCAUUAAGGAGCAAUCCUGGUGUAGCCACAAGCUGUUACUUCACCUGCUUGAAGAGGUCAUGAGCAGAAGUCCUCACCUCCUGUUGGGAAGAGAAGUGAUGGAGUCUGUGUUUUUGCAGAGUGUUCAAGAUGGGGGUGAUACAGAUAUGCCAAGUACUUGCUCUCAUCUGGUGAAAGUUAGUUUGCCUCCAUUCUGGGGGGGAACAGUAAAGCCACUGCUGCUGAGUUCCCAGGAGCCCAGUGAGGUGGGCUGCCUCAGUGAUCCUGCCACUGCAGCAGACAGCUGUGGGCUCAGUGACAGCUAACAAAUGCCACUCUUCAAGAGGGGACUGACAUCACCUGGGAAGAAUGUGCAUUUUCUUACCCUUUACCAGUGUCCAAACCUGACAAGGGGGGCUGUAAUCUACCUUGUGCUUUUGUGGGAUAGUGGCAAACAGCAGCUAGAUAUCAAAUGGCACCAGUGGACCAAAUUCUCCCUCCUGGGGCAGUCAAGACUCACACCCUGACCAAAGAAACAAGCAGGAGCUGGAAAUCUCUGCAUUGGACUGAAAUAGAAAAAUCUUCCCUUUGACAGUGUAGUCCCUGGUUUCCAGUUCCUGCUGAGACAAAAGCCCUGUAGGAGCUGAGGGAGGAGCCAUGCCCUUGGUUUUCUUACUUCAGGGAGCAAUGGUUACUCAAAAUGAGCACAUUGGGCCUCAGAGGGCUGGGGGGACUCUCUCACACAAUAUAUUCAACACAGACUGUUCUUCAGCUACUCCUGGUUUUCCUGAACCCCCUGUUCCUCAGAUUGGUAGGUGGGUUCCAUGUAGCUGAAGGUGUGAGUAGUUAGAGUGGGGGAUAUCUCACCCAUACUGGUUAUCCAUCAAGUUUUAUGCUAUUGCCUCUUACUUGAUUUCUGUUAGUUCCUUGUAUGCCUAUGUCCUGCAUGGACUGUGGUUGUUCCAGAUGUUUAGUGAGUGGGUAAGACCUGGCAGCAGAGUAACACGUAUCAACAAGGAAAGUCAAACACAUUUGAGAAGUUCUAUCUGAGUAAGGGACAUUUUUUCCCCCUCAUUUUUCUGUUUUAUUGAAGCAAUCAAAAAUCCCUGGGCUGCUGAUCCACAUUUUCCUCAGCUUCAGGGCCCUAGGCUGUGAGUUUCUCUGUGGUAUGAGUAUUCUGUUCUUUUAUUUUUACUGAACUGAGGUUUAUAGAAAACAGUGUGUUGUUUUCCAGUCUGUGGGAUAGCUCAGAUCCAUUUUAAUCCCUUCUGAGGGGAAACACGGCUCUCCCAGCCUUCAAUGGGUAGUUGACAGAUCUAUCCUUUGAAUUAUAAAAUUGUGACCUUCCCAGAAAAUACAUUAUCUAUAGGAAAAUUACCAUUACAAAUAAAAAUACUUUCUAUCAGUAAAUCAA